AAGAGCACUCACAUUAGUGAGCAAAUUUUUUUUUGCUCAUUCUCUCUCUAGCUACUUUCUCUCUCUUCCCAACCAAUUUGCUCAUGAGCAUUUUUGGUGAGGAAAUUUUAUCCCACUAGUGAUCAAAAAAUAAUUAAAUUGCUCAUGAGCAUUUUUCAUUUUCCUAAUUGAUGUAGUACCAUUUCUACCAAAUAUACUCACCAUUUUUGCUCAUGAGCAAAAAAAUGCUCAUUGAUGUGAAUGCUCUAAAGAACGUGGCCUAAGUCCCUAGCUACAAAUCAAUUAAAUUAAAGUUGCUCUUAAUAAGUCAAGUCUAAUGUGAAUCUUAUCUUUGACCAUAUAAUUACUCUCCAUCUGGUCCCGCGUGUGCCCUUUCCCUCCUCCCUCCUGCUUGUGUGGCGUCCAUCGUCCUCCAUAUAUCCAGCCAAAUUAGAUACCACAUUCUCCAUUUUUUUUAAUUUUAUUUUAAUAUUUUCUUUCUUAAACUUCAUGUCUAAAUUCUUUCUUCUUCUCAAUUUUCUCUCUCCAUUCUCCAAUGGCGGAAACUUCUGCACUUGGUUCUUCAUUACUAACCAUUUCUCGAAGCUUCCGUCAAUUCUCUCCUUCCCUCUCUUCUAACAUUCAUCAUCAACCUUUCUCCUUCUUUAUUCCACCUCUUAUUUCCUCUCGAUUUUUCCGAUUGACAGCUAAAGCUUCUUCUGAUGAUCCUUUCGACUUUGAUUAUGGAUCGUAUCCGUGGGACCCUCAAUCCAUUGAUUCUAAUUCUGGUAUUCAGUGGGUUCGUGAGGACACAAUCACAAUGUUCACUGCAGAUGGGCUCAUACAACUUGGAGGUUCUUUGGUUCCUCGGCGUAUUUCUCCAUUAGAGAAGAGGCAGGGUAAGGUGAGAGUUCCUCCGAGGUAUCAGCGGUUUCAGGAGAGCGAUUAUAUGGAUCCAAACCAAAGCCUUUGUCUGGGUGCACUUUUUGAUAUUGCAGCAACAAAUGGGCUUGAUACGGGUAGAAGGCUUUGCAUCGUCAGCUUUUGUCGUUCAAUUGAGAUGCUUAGUGAUGUUGUUGAGGACAGUGUCCUGGAGCAAGGUGGAGAGGUUGUUGUCGCUGAGAAAGGAACGAAGGGUGGAUUACAGGAGAAGCUGAGUAUGACUGUUGCAGUGCCACUACUUUGGGGUGUUCCUCCUGCUUCCGACACACUUCAUCUUGCUGUCAGAAGUGGUGGAGGGAUAGUGCAGAAGGUAUUUUGGCAGUGGCACUACAUGUAAAUAAACUGCUGACUUAGUUUGUCUAACGCAUCUAUUCAUCUAUUGUGAAUUCUGUACAUAAGCUUAGAAUCUAUAUAUUUCUGAAACUGUACAUUUGUGUAAUCUUUACAAUCUAACAUUUGACAAUUAUAUUCCUCAAUUCUUCAUUAAUGGACUUGAAUUUCUUGUUUAA